AUGGUUGGUUUCCAUCACCCCAGAGAUCCUUAUUUCCCUAACCAGGGGAAUAAUAGAUGGUUGGAAGAAUCCGAGGAGCAACCUGAGGAGGAACCCGAGGAAGACCCCGAGGAGGAAACAGAAGGGGAACCUGAGGCGGAAGCCGAAGGCAGACCUGCCGAGCCAGUGGUGGACCAAGAAGCGGAGGAUGCCGAAGGAAGUCUCGAGGAGGAACCCAACGAUAACGAAGAGGAAUACCAUAAGACCUCCACACUUAAAUCUUCUACAUGUAUCUCAUACCUCCACUCUCGCGAAGGCAACACGACUGAGCUUCACCCUGAAGACCCCUACUACCCUACGAUGAUAGCCAACGAAUGGAGCGAGGGAGAACCAGAGGAAGUGCAAAGGGAGAACCCAAAAUUGGGUCUUGAAGAAUACCAAGAGCGAAACCUUGAGGGAAAGGAUUCUGAUGAGGAGUCAGACAUGGAUGAAGGCGCCAAAGAGAUCCUUAGCGAGCCUUACCCCCUUGGAAGCAAUACCGAACCAACACGCAGAAAAAGAAGACCUUACCAAUCAUCUCCGCCUCUUUUGAAGAGGAGGUGA